AGGCAUCGUCGAGAUGCAGUCCUGCAGAAACAGCUUUUGACGCUGACAUGUAUUGAUUGACCAGGAACUACCCCAUACGCUAUCGAGUCCUGCGUAUCGCUUGCAUCGAAUUGCUAAUCGAUCUGCAAGUUUUAGUGUGGCCGAAUUUCAGCAACGUCUAUGGAGCUAGGCCAAGGAAUGCAUGGUCCAUUUUGCAUGACGCAGGGAGUCGGUGAUUAUAUUCAGCACGGGGUUAGGCAGCCAAGUCUCCUGGAAAUGACUUGUCAAUCUUUCUGCCAAGACAUACCACGCUCUUUCUGAUGGUUUGAUGCUUCUACAUCGACUACUUCAUCCGAUGAGAAUAUGCCAAAGCCUGGACAGCAGGACCGAAAACAUUGGCAGAGAUGCCGAAAGGGGUAGCACUCAAUGGCCGCCAAGCGCGGCUCCAACUACGACAAGCAGAGCGCCUGAUUCUCCUUGCAAGAAUGGGCCAUUGACGAGGAGUUGCUGGUCCAAUGGAUUUAGUAUUGCCACUGAUUUUGACGAGAAAUGGCCAAACACCGGGAAGACAGUAUACUAUACGCUGGAACUGAGAAAUACGACCUGUAAUCCGGAUGGGAAUGGGAACCGCACUUGUCUGCUCUUCAACGACCAGCUUCCCGGUCCAACAAUUAUCGCAGAUUGGGGAGAUACCAUUGCCGUGACUGUGAAGAAUUUCUUGCCUGAUAAUGGCACCUCGAUCCACUGGCACGGAGUCCGUAUGCUGGACACAGUCACAGAAGAUGGAGUCAAUGGCAUAACAGAAUGCCCUCUUGCACCGGGUGACACUAAGGUCUAUACGUUCAGAGCUACACAGUUUGGUACAACAUGGUAUCACAGCCAUCACAGUGCGCAAUACGGCGACGGCGCUGUCGGCACCCUCAUCAUCAAUGGUCCUGCUGCGGCUAACUAUGACAUCGAUCUGGGCACAUACUCUGUCACGGAUUGGUACUAUCCCACCGCAUUUCAAAUCAAUGCAAUUUCCCACCAAAACCUACAGGUUCAAGCACCGCCGCCACCAGGGGACACCAUCUUGAUCAACGGCACGAACAAGCACCCUACUUCAGACGGUGGGAGCUAUAGCAAAGUCAAGCUAACUCCAGGAAAGAAGUAUCGCUUGAGAUUAGUGAACACAUCAGUGGACAAUAACAUUCGAGUGUCACUGGAUGGGCAUAAAAUGAAGAUCAUCACCGGAGAUUUCAUUCCAGUUCAGCCAAUUGACAGAGAAUGGAUAUUACUCGGCAUCGGGCAACGGUAUGAUAUUGUUAUCCAAGCCAACCAGCCUGUUGGGAACUACUGGUUCCGCGCUAUCGCCGCAGCACCAUGUGCAUCAGGGAAUCGAUUCUCUGCGCUGAGCAUAUUUCAGUAUGACGGAGCACCGAACGCCGAUCCAACCACGACCGGUUUUACGGUGCCGACCACCUGCGCCGACGAAGCUCCGCUGGUUCCGUGGGUCAAGAACAACGUGCCUUCCGAGUCGUUCAUUUCCCAGGCCCAGAACUUGGAUGUGGACCUGGGUCGGCAGCAGGUAACCACUAACGGCGAGAGCAUUGUUGUCUGGGCUGUGAACAUGACGGCUAUUGACAUCCAAUGGGAGAAGCCAACCUUGCAGUACCUGAUCGACGGGAACACUAACUACCCCCAAGUGUCCAACCUGAUCGAAAUCCCCGCCGGUCAACAAUGGACCUACUGGAUCAUCCAAGAGACAGGUGGCACGGGGACACGAGUCCCCAUCCCCCAUCCCAUGCAUCUUCACGGCCACGACUUCUACAUCCUCGGCAGCGGUCGGGGCACCUUCGACAAAAACGUCAACGUCGCCGACCUCAAGUUCAAUAACCCUGACCGCCGCGACGUCACGUUCCUCCCAGGAGGCGGAUGGGUCGUGGUCGCGUUCCCGACCGACAACCCGGGCGCGUGGUUGAUGCACUGCCAUGUCGCGUGGCAUAUUGGCGAAGGACUCGGCGUGCAGUUCUUGGAGCGGAAGAGUGAGAUCACUCUACCGGGGCCGGCAUGGCAGCAGACCUGCACGAACUGGAAGAGGUACUACAGCGGGAAUCCAGCUUGGUUGAAGGAGGAUUCGGGAUUGUGAGCUGAUAUCGACGGUAGGGGACGCUGCAGAGCAUAAAAUAUAGGUUUCUGAUACGUUUCUAACUGUCCUCAAUUACAUGAUGGCUCGUGGCAGAGCUGAGCAGAGGGAGUGGCACACAAUGGUUCGUCCCUUUAUUGUACUCGAUGGAGAAAGGCAUAUAUUAAAAACCUGGCAAUAUAA